CUUUCACUUUAAAAAAAAAUAUGGCGGCUGCAACCGGGAGAGUAGAUGAACUGGUGAAAGAUUACUUAUUAUUUAGAGGGUGUACAGCUUCUCUCCGAAAUUUCGAUUACGAACUUAAGGUUGACAAAGAUAAAGGAUUAAGGGCUGACAAGAUUUUAGAACAGUUUCAGCAAUUUGUGGGAAGCUACAACCUCUCAGGUCUCCGGGAGUUCUGGGCCCACCUCAACAGCCGACUAUUUUGUCGCUUGGAAAAACGUUACAUUCCGAGUGUGAGGAAACUAGAAGUAGGGCUUUUAAAACUUUACGUUGUUAAUGCGUCUCAAAAUAACAGACCAGAUAAAGUGACUGACUUCUUUGAGAAAAUGACAAACGAUUUGCAACAACAACCGGAAUUUAAAGAAUGGUUUUGUUUCCCGUUUAUCAAAAGUCCCGAGGAGAACAGUCAUUUCUCAAUGCACUUCACUAAAACAUGGCAGGAUAUGUUUUAUUUGUCACUAUUCAACUUCCUGAGUGUCAUCAUUAAUGUCAUGCCGGCACCCAUUUUAUUGAAUUUUGAUAUUGAACAUAAAAGAAUGAAAAAUUUGCAGGAAGAAAAUGAAAUGCUGAAAACACAGUUGCUUUCAGCAGACAAAGCUCCAGCAAUGAGAGCUGCAAAUACAAGAGAAAAGGAAGUAAUUAGGAGAGGGGCAAAUUCUGCAGAACUUUUUUAUGACUUUAGUGACCUUGGAGAUGAAAGUUUAGAGAUACAGAAGCAGCAGAAACCAAGUAGAAAGUUCCCCUUCUCAGCAUCUCCAUUACUGAACCGAAAACCAAAUUUUUUGUCAACCAAUAGAAGUCCAUCAAAAUCACAGGGUAAGACGAAAUCGGGUAAAUCUCAAGCUGUAACCAUUCAAAAGGGAUAUCCCAACUCUGGCUCACCAUCCAACCAAGGUCACUCAGAAUUCACAAGUCGAUCACUCAGUUGUGGAGGAGCAGUCCAGAAAUCAGGUCAUCCUGACACCACUUCACGGUCAUUGAGUCAUCAGAAUAGAACUAGUCAUAUACAUGUAAAUUCUUCCAAUGAUGCUUCUAGAAACAAAUCAGUGCCUUUACAAGGGAGACAAUCCAGUGUAUCAAACGUAGAUGAUUCUGCUGCAGCUGGGAAUAUGCAUGCAUUAAAACUAGAAAACCCUAACCAGGACAUGUCAGGGACUCUGAGAGGUGAAGAAUUAUCUUCAGGAGAAGUGCCUGCAAACACAAAGCCAAGCAAUGUGAAAUCUAGUGAAACUCCAGAGGAUUUAACACCAGUGAACGAUAGCAAAAAAAUUCCAGAUAUCACAAAGAAUUCAAGUAUUAUUGAUAAGUCAGAUUAUAUGACAGAAGAUCAAGGUCCAUUUCUCCUCCUAAGUCAGGAGAAUUACAAAGAACACAGUUCAGCCAUAUCUUAUGCACGGUUCAGUCUUAUGGGGCAGUAUGUGGCUAGUGUUGAUGUUGAUGGAAUUGUCAAAAUCUGGUCAUGGAGCCCACAGCCAACAACCUGUGCCACAGUCAUGUCAAAGUCAGCAUUUCUUUCCCUUGACUGGGCAAGCAAACAGGACCGAUGGUUACUGCUGGGCAAUCGCUCUGGGAAUAUCAGGCUGUUUGAUGUCAAAGAGAUGAAAUCAUUUUAUGAGGCAUCUUCAGAUUCUAGUUACCCUCGCAUUGUAAGUCUAAGUUCUAGUCCUUCAAGUGGAGCCUUUGUUUGUUGUGCCACUGUCAACAGAGCACGCACAGCAUCUGGAAGUGAAGCAGGACCAGUCUCGUCCAUUGCCCGCAUUGGAAAACUGACACUGUGGGAGCUUCGCACCAUGAAACAGAUAAAGCACCUCGAGAUACAGUCAGGCCCUGUAAGUAUCAACUGCUGCUCAUUCAACCAUAACGGACACCUACUGCUGACAGGUGGGGUGGAUGGAGUCAUCCGACUCUUUGACAUGCAGCAACACAAAGUGAUCUCCCAGUGGGAUGGUCAUGCAGGGGAAGUGCAGACCUUGCAGUUCAGUUCUGAUGAGACAAGCUGUUACAGCAUUGGCACAGACGGAAGGCUGAUACAGUGGAGUCUCCACAAGCCCGUUCCACAGAAUGACCUACCAAUCCACAGAGCUGCCUCACUGCCAUUCCUCUCCGGCUUGUCAGGAGGAUUAAAAGAAAUGCCUCGUGGUCAGAUUUUCUCCCUUGAUUCUGAUGGAGAGUACAUGUUGACCUGUGAUAAUGCUAAAGGGAGCAUGUAUCAGAUCAAGGACAAGUCACUGUCACAUGUCAUGAAUAUUCAGGGUCAUGCAUCAUCCUUUCUCACCACAGUUGAUUGGUCACCUAAUAUUGACACCAAGGUUUGUUUAACAGGCUCCAUGGACGGAACUAUCAAGAUAUCGACUCUUCUAUCUACACAUAUGUAAUAUGAUAUGGCGACUAUUUAUUUGAAAUUAUUUCAUGUAAUACAUUUGUAUACUAGUAUGGAUUGCUAAGAAAUCAUUGAUAUUUGUUUCUUUGUGCGAGAGAGGAGACGAAAACUGGAUUAGAACCAGUGUAGUGAAUUCCGGAUCAAAAGAAUUGUUUACAUUCCAACUACAUCACUUCAUAAGAAUAAGUGCACCUGUUUGUUGUUGGUUUAUUACUUCCUGUCAGAUGACAGAUAUAGGGUGUUUUAGGAACAUACUUACCAAAAAUAAAAAAUCCUUACCAGUAUUAUAUGAACACAACUGGAAACUUUGUUCACAAUGUUAUUUGAACUUAUGGACCCGUUUUCAAAAUUUUUCUAAUCAGCAAUUUUCUAUACAGUGUAGGUGUUAUAUUUUUAAAAAUUGCUAAUUACCUUAUUUUGACUGCCAGAUAAGUUGUUCGACUGUGGAAACAAAUUUUUGUCAUGUGAUUUACGACACUGCAACAUGUAUGGAUGACAUGUAUCAAUUUUUUUUUAUCUGAAUGGAAAUUGAUGAUUUGCCAUAUUCUGUUUUCUAAGGUUGAUAUGUAAGCAGAUGGCUAUGAUAUUUAGGCAUAUACCAUUCAGUAUGUGUGUUUGUGACACACUAACAGUAGUUUAAUAUGAAAUCCAGGGCUGUAAACUUGUAAAGGGCAAGUCACCUCAAUGAACAGGUAGUACUCUGCAGAUAUAGGACUAUCCAUUUGUUGUAUCACGUAUUAUGUGUAUAAUCAGUUUUUAGAUAAAAUGACUAAUAAUGAGCUGUAAAUCUGUUGUAUUAUAUAUAUACAGGUGCAUGCAUUGUACUCUGAGGUCAAAUUUUCUCAGGCAAUUGACAGUAUGUUCAUUACAGUCUAGUUUACUGUGGGCCAUGCAGAAACAGUACCUCAUACAGCCCUUUACUUCCAGAAUUAUGUGCAAUAACGGAUGUGUGGUGCAGAAUAUUUUUCUUGUUUUAUAUGUCUAUGUGUUAAUAGUGAUAAUGUAAUGUCAUAAGAUAUAAACUUCAAACUUUAAAUUGACUAUCUGUGAGUGAUUAAGGAAACUCCAUCCUCAAGUGACAUCAUAGGUUCUUCCAAAAUUUUUAUUUACAAAUUAAAAAAAAAAAUUAUUUAAUUAAACUUUUGUGCAUGAUAGAAAUAUAUGUUUUGAAGAAAUUUUAUUCACUGAAUAGUAUAAUAUAUGUGGUAAACUAUUGAUACUGAAAAAGUUUAUAUUUUUCAUAAAUUAUAAUAGAUUAUUUAAAAUUUUAAUAUUAAAUGUUCUCAAGGGCAAUAUCUCUAUGCUGGUAUUUGCAAUGAUAUCACUGAAAACCACAAUUAAUUUAUAAAAGUAGCAGUUUUUUUAACUAUUGACAUUAAAAAUUGGUCAUUUUAACAAAAUUGUAUGCAUUUCUAUUCUUUUUAAUGAAAUUGUGCAAUUUUCUGAUGUUGACAUGUACGUCUGACUUCUUUAAAAAAUUUUGCAACACAUAUUUUCUUUGGUUAUUGAUUAAUUAAAGUGUAUUAAGUUGAAAUUUAACGCAGUUUUUCCACUUUCAACCAUAUAUUGAUAAUUCAGAUGAGGAUGGAGCUCCCUUAAGAUCAGCCAUUUUAUAUGGUGGAUUCAAGAAGAUGGGAAGUGAAAAUUGUCACCAUCAGAGGUGCAUGUAUAGCAUCUCACAAGCAAAAAAAUAAUGAAUGAUGCAAGUAUUGUAAAUCAUGUUUAUUUAUUUAGUUUCUAAAUACAUGUAUUUUAUUCAGUACAGAAAAGGAUUGGACAACAGCUAGGCUGUAAACCUUCUCUUCAUGUUGUAAAUAAUGUUUAUUCAUGAUGAAUUAGUUUUGGCAUAAAUUUGUGAGGUUGUCUUGAUGCAGAACUAAAAUUUUCAUGAAUAAUUUUGUAUACCAAGUGAUAAACAAUUGAAUUUCCUACGGAAAUGAUUUCCCUUUAAGAUUGCCGAAAUAAAUCCUCACAAAACACAAGUCAUUUACAGCAGUUCAAUAUUUGUUAUUAUCAACAAUGCAAUAAUAGGGUGUAUCAUUUGUACAAGAUAUUGAAUUUAGUAGCAAAAUGAAUUUUGUUCUUUAGUGGUGAAAAAUAUUGCAAGAUCAAAUCUUUUAAAAAAAAAAAUUUUUUUUAAAUUCUCUUUUUGAGUGGUAUUGAAAAUUUAAAUGAAGAUUAAAAAUGUUCAUAUAAAAAGCCUUCAUUAAACUGGACCAUUAUAUGCAAUGUACAAUAUUGAUAUAGUUCUUCACCCAAAGAAAUCGAUGACAUUCUGAUACAACAGAUGCCAGAUGAGUUAGUAUUAAUGUCUACAAUGUACAUAUGUUCUGUUUUACUUUUCAUUUGUUAUUUUAAAUUAUUUCUUUGUUAAUAAAUAUUUCUGCAUGUG